UUUAAAAACAUGUGAUAAUAGCAAGUUCAAAACAUUAUAAAAAGGGGUUGUGUUACAUAUGUAUAUAUGUAUGUAUAUCCUAGCUGAUAAACAAUGUGUUCUAGCGCACCAGUUCAAUUAUUCUUUGUUGUCAUUAACCCGGCAACAAAUCAAUAUUUAUGUAUUAUUUAUUUAAUUCUUCCAAUAAUUGAUUUAUACAAAAUGUAAGACAAGAUUCAUAUUUAAAUUUGGUUGAAAUAAAUACAGCUAAAAACGUAAUUCAAGUUUUCUCUUAACUAAUCUCUUUUUUAUUUAGGAUUUUGCUCAGCUCUGAUGUACAUCCCCCUUAAUUUUUUGUAUUAUCGGAUACAAAAAAGAUACAACAACAAUAUUAACAUUGCUUGGCAACUCUAAAUCGUCGUAUAUUUCUCACAUGGAGAACAAGCUAAAAUUUUAAAUUGUUUUAGUUUCCAUUAUCUGGUCUCUCAAGCAAGAUCUACGCUUGAUACGCUCAGUCCUAACCGUACUUCGUUUAUUUUUAGAUUACAAGAAUGUCUGCCAUAGAAAAUGAUAAGAAACUAAUCGAAGUUAACGAUCUUGAGAAUAUUCGCAAAUUGAGAGAUCUGUAUUUAAAAGAUUGGCCCCAACACUGCGUCGGCUACUAUUGUUUAGAUAAUUUUUACAAAUGGAAGAGAUUGGAUGGCAACAUAAAAAACUUGAAGAUCUACACCAUGAGAGAGGAGAGCGAUCAUGUGGAAGCUCUCUAUGUUGUUGUCGAUCGAUAUCAAGUGUUUCUUGGUUCUCUUAAUACCACCAGCUGUGAGAAUCUCUACCGGGCAUUGGAACAAUUGGAUUGGUCGAUUGGCCUGAAAGUAAGUUCUUUUCGUGAGUGCCAUCGACAGUCGGUGCUGAAUAUUGUGCACAACAAAGGUCUGCAGUGUGAAUACGAUAGUCUGACGCUAAUGUACUAUAUGCCGCACAAUGUGGCGAAGAAACUGAAAAUAAGUUGUCCGAAAGGUUUUUAUGUUAAACCCCUUACCUCUACCACUGAUGCUGAAACAAUCGACAAGCUAUGGCCCAAUCGCCACAAUGGCUCGUUGUUUCUGAUAAAACGACUCAUUGAUUGGAAUGUAAACAUGGGCGUCUAUGCUGAUGGAACGGAUGAAUUGGUGGCAUGGUGUUUACGCCUACAGGGUGGCUUUUUGGGCGCACUACAAGUCAAAAACGAAUAUAAGCGCCAGGGCUUGGGAAGCGUUGUAACCCGUGCCAUAGCUCGCUCUUUGGGUGAACAGGGCGAGGAUGUUAUGGCACUUGUCAACGAGGAUAAUAAAGCAUCGCGAGGCAUGUUCGAAAAGAUUGGUUUUACCGUAACCGAUCGUUGCUAUUGGCUACGUACUUUACCCACAGCGGAGAAUUUCACCUGGCCAGAUGGAUGUAGAAAACAAUUACAACGUUCAGUUGUAGUUUAUACAUCGUCCAAAAUGAGUAAAUUUGAAUUACUACAAACAGUUGAAGAUUUGAAAGUACUCCGUGGCUUGUAUGAAGGAAAAUCAUUAAAAACUCGCCAUGGCUAUUAUACACUUACAAAUUAUGUUCAGUGGUUUGAAUCAAAUCCACAAUUGGAUUUUGUAAAAGCAUAUGUCGUUAGUAAUUCUUGGCGGAAAAGUGGGCUCUUUAUCAUCGAGGAUAUGUAUCAGUACUAUAUAAACUGUGUGACGUACGACGAGGAGGAGGUAUCCACGGCACUCCGGUCAAUCAACUGGGAUCCCAACUUUAAAAUAACAGCUCUGCCGGCAUCACUAAUUGACAUAGUGGAGAAAACCUUUCAGGAAAUUGGAUUACAAUACCGAAAGGUUAAUCUACAAAUAUAUGAACACGAUCCGAAUGCUGCUAUGUAUUCCGAUAUUAGAUGUCCCGCUGAAUUUGUCGUCGAAUCCUUGGAUAUUUCAGAUGCCGCAAUUGUUAAUGACAUUUGGUAUUCUCGUCAAGAAGGUUCUUUAGAAUUUAUCCGAUCCUUAAUUCAAUACAAUAUAAGUCUUGGCGUGUAUCGCAAGGACAACAAAGAACUAGUGGCUUGGUGUACAAGAUGUCAAUGCGGAUUUUUGGGAACCCUACAUGUUCGAGAAGGCUACAGAAGACACGGUCUUGCAUCAGUGCUCAUCAAGGAAUUUUUUAAACGAGUUUCACAAGAAGGCCAUGCCAUGCGUACCAUGAUCAAUGCGUCGAACGAAAUAUCGAAAAAUCUUUUUACAAAAUUCGGUUUCCGUUCACAGGAAGAAGUCUUCAUCGUACGUUGCCCCUCAAAAGAAACAUAGACAAUUAACAG